AUGACAAUGAGAAUUGGUCCACUUUAUGUUUUGGCUGGGGUUGGAGGGAGUCUAUUAUCAGCUCUAUUUGUGAGGAAAAAAAUCUCAGUUGGUGCUUCUGGUGCAUUGUUUGGUUUACUUGGAGCUAUGCUUUCUGAACUCAUCACAAAUUGGACAUUAUAUGAAAACAAGUUGGCAACACUACUUACAUUGCUUCUCAUAAUUGCAUUAAAUCUAGCUGUUGGAAUUCUUCCUCAUGUGGACAAUUUUGCACAUCUUGGUGGAUUUGUAACUGGAUUUCUUCUUGGUUGUGUCCUUUUGCUUCGUCCACAAUUUGGUUGGGUUAAUCUAAACAAAGCACCUCCUGGCUAUUUUGUGGCAUCAAAAAAGUCCAAGUACAAGAUUUAUCAAUACAUACUAUUGAUGUUCUCAUUAGCAUUUCUCUUAACUGGGUUUAUCCUUGGGUUAGCUCUAUUGACAAAUGGAUGGGAUGGUAAUGCACAUUGCUCAUGGUGUCAUUACUUAAGUUGUGUCCCAACCCCUCUAUGGAGUUGUACUGAAGCACGUUGUGCGACCAUCCAACUUGGGAAUCAAUUGAACAUGACUUGCACAUCAAAUCAUAAAAAUGGGACUUAUAUGUUGACAAAUCCCAAUAAUACAUUUGAAAUUCAAAUGUUAUGCUCCAAACUCUGCAAAUGAUGAGAUAAUUCAUAGUUGGGAAAUUAUUGUUUGUGGUGAAAAGUAUCAAGCAAUAUAUUUUAAUUGGAGAAGAUCAAGAGGAUUAUGUCAACCAACUUUUAU